AUGGCUACCGCAGUUGUCGUUGGACUCGGAGCUAUCGCUGCUGGCCUCGUCGGGCGCCAGUUGGUUAAAUCUGGUGCGAUUGGGGGCAAGAGGGCCGCCGAGGAAUGGGUGAAGGGCGGCUUCAAGGCGAAGAUGGACCGGAAGGAGGCCAUCGCCAUCCUCGGGCUGAAAGAUAACCCUACGCUCAAGACCAAGCUGAAGGAUGCGCACCGACAGAUCAUGCUGGCAAACCACCCUGAUCGAGGCGGCUCGCCCUACCUCGCCAGCAAGAUCAACGAAGCUAAGGACUUACUAGAGAAGACGGAUGGACGACUACGAUGAUGAAUAGUUAUUGCUGUCACUUCGGUGUUUUAGACUCUCACCACUCCACCACUGCACUACAUUAUGUAUCAGUAAUCUGAUAUUCGCAUCAGCCUCAAUCCGCAGACAAUCAGUUGUAUUGGCACUGCAUGUGUAUCAGCCUCUCACCACAUCGGAUCCUGCAUUUCUGCGGCGUGCUGCACUAAUAGCGCAUCCUCGACAUGUUCCAGCGAACCUUGCAAACGGCCUCUCCAGGAACCAGGGCUUCCCAGCAAGGAUCACUCCCAAGACCGACUUGCUUGUCAAUACCCCUUUCGUGAUCGGCCUCCCGACGUCCUACGCUGAAAGCGUCAAAAAGCUAGUAGUACAUCACAGGAAGGCUUUGCCCCGCGACGACUGCAGCAUAUUCUCGUUGAUAACUUGCAUGUCCAACAGGCUUGCCGUAAUUGUAUGACAACACGAUUAUGUACAUGAGAUGGUAUCGUGGCCAGUGGGACAGCCCCUUUGCUCUGCUCGGAAGUGAUACACACACAACCUUCUCCACGUUGACUUUGCCCGCUCUCACGUAUUCAGAUCCGUCCUUGAUACCG